AUGGAGGUAGAUCCUCAGAGAGUACUCUCUCCGUUGCCGAGACGGUCAAAUCCUAGUCUCUUCCAAUCUUCUCGAGGAAGUUCUUCUUCUUCUAAGAAUCCGAAAUCGCCCAGGACUGCACCUCGGGAACCUAGGUCAAAAAGGGCGUAUGCGCUUAGUCAAAUAAGCAAGUUUGGGGUAUCUAAAGUGCGCCUACCUGGCUCCAAACCGUUGCUUCCGGCAGGCGAGCGGAGGUCUGGAGGACAUGAUAAAAACAAGGAGAAAGGGGAGGCCGGCGGUGAAAAGGGCAAUAAUAUAACACCAGAUGGAGGCUCAGCUGGUAGAGAGGGGAGGCAUUUUACCGUGUCCAACGUGGGAAACAAUGGCCAAAUAUACCUAAGACCUACUGUGCGACCAGCGAACCAGAGAUACCCACAGCCCAACUUCGUCUUCCCACUCACGCCGCCGAGUACCGCAGGCAUCGAAUCUUUGGCCCCAAAUAAGGCAGGGCCUGAUGAGAUUAGCGAGUUGCUCAAUGGCCAGUGGACUCCCAGUCCCGCGGCUGAUUCUUCAUCUUUCGGGGGCGGGGUUGCGAAGAAGAAGAAGAAUACAUAUUUUGAUCUGAAAGCACCACCCAAAACUCGAAAUCGUCGUGCGUUGUCGGAUUCAACAAUCCAAGAUGUCAGUAUUGCGCAGGAAGGGGAUGCUGGGGUUUUCAAGGUCGUCAUAUCGAAACCAAAGGACGAGCUAAGGUCUAAGACAGCUGAAGACGUUGAAUCGAUCCAAAGCCCGCUCAUGCAAAUUUCCAUACCUUCGUGGAAAUUGGGAACACCGAGAUUCACCCUUAUGGGAACCCCUCUACUCCGAGGCUCCUCAUAUGCACCGACAGAGGAUCCCCGCUCAAGCACCCUUUCAUUUUAUCGACCGUCGGCGCCGGAUCUGAACUCGCUGCACCCCGAGUCUUCAGAUACAGCGAAGGAAAGAAUAAACUCUACAUCUCACAUGGAUCUUCAGACGCCGGAAUUGCUCAGCCCUGCUACGAUUAUCUCACCACGUACACCACGCUCACCACGCUUUCCUCCUUUCGCUUCACCUCGGUCGACGUAUCUCUCGACUCACAUAGUCAUUGAGCCUGCCAUGUUCGAUGCACUCACAUUUAAACCAGCUUGCGAUGAUCGAUCGAUAGUGCGCUAUUCUUCCACUACAAAUGCUGUGACAGCUGCCACCCCUCCGCGAUUAGUCGCCGAAAUUACAUCUCCUACUUUUCUAGAUUAUGAACUAAUCUCCGACUUCUUUCUCACAUUCCGCUCAUUCCUCGACACGCAAGACUUGCUUCGUAUGCUAAUUGCAAGGCUUCGCUGGGCUAUAUUACGAGAUGAUGAAACAGGGAUGGUGGUUAGAGUGAGGACAUUCGUUGCUACGAGGCACUGGAUCCUCAAUUACUUCGUCGAUGACUUUGUCGUAGAUUACCACCUGCGCGUGAUGUUUUGCAACCUCAUAAAUGAUUUUGUUGAAGAACUUUCUCAAGAUGAGCGAGGGAGAAAGGUUCAGUUGAAGAUUCUAGCAGAGCUGAAGAAAUGUUGGAGAAGAGUAUGCUCACAAUUCUGGGAUGGUCCGGAAUUUGACACAUCAUUGGGUCCCGAGAUUCCCAUUGCGUCCGGUGGAAUCGCUGGCCACCGAGAUCCAAGUUUAGAUCCUAGCUUUUGGGAAUCCGAAUCCGAUGACUUGCUACAGUUAUACGGGGUUCCUUUACACCCGGGGAGUGACAUACGCUACGGAAGCAAUCCUAACGCAGACCCAUCUCAAGGCAACAUGGAUUCGAUUUUACUUGAUGGAGUUCGCCCGGGUACACCAGGCGAAGAGCGAUCACCAAUGGAGAUGGAAAGGAGGCAAGCCUCGCCAACUAGUACUGCAAGCUUCGAUGUGGUCUCUUGCUCGUUUCCAAUUCCAUCCAAGGGGUUUCGAAUGGGCGAUCCGAUUGGGAGCUCUACUUACGCGGCUCAUCCUGCUGACCCUAGUUCGAUAUAUACCAACGUAGAUCCUGUUGCCCCUACCCCACGUACAUUGACUGGAAAGCGAGUUAGACCCCAUACUUCUCAUAGACGCAAUACCAGUCUUACGGACUCUCUCAGGGAACAUGGUUCGACGACAGAAAAGGUUCUUUACAAGAAUGCGGAAUUCCUUUUGACGUUGCCAUACUCCGGCAGCCUCGUGCGAGGAAACCUAUUGCCCCCUGGGCAAGCUUUGGUCGAGGUAAACACUCCAAAUCCCUGGAGUACAACACGUCAAACUACCCUUUUCCAACCGAGCCCUAUCGAAAGGCCCAAGGAGAAAUGUCCAGGAUCGGCGAUGUCGGGGCAGGGAAUGAGGAAGCUGAUCGGUAGCGUGCGGAGGGCUCUGAGUACAAGAGGCCAGGGAGUCUCGCCAACGCAAGGAAAUUUCAUCGACAUUGCGCCCAUAGGACCUCGAGGCGCCACGAUCAACAGACUUCCAGGAACCGCUGUUGUACCGCAAGCACGUCCAACUCGUAUGAACGGGGCUCGCGCUCCUGUGCGUAUUGACGUCCUCGGUGCAACCAUCGCUGAAGACUUCAAGAAGGCUGUGCGAGAGGACAACGUUGCCGAGUCUAUCAUUGAGGAUAGCAAUAUCGAAGACAACGGAGACCGUAUUGCGUACUCUCCCGCUCACCUAGACUCCUCAUUUAACCUCAGACCUGUGAGCGAUGCCGGGAUUACAACUGGAAGCAAGUCUAUCGUUAUCGUCGAUGGAACUUUAUCCGGGGGUUACCCAGCAAUGGCUAGCCCUUUUACGAUAAUGAAUCCAUCCAUGGAAGCUUUCGCGGAUAGCAUGAUACGACAUGACAAUGUCGACCUUACACCACCGAACACGCCGCCUGGGCAGACAGGACGCAGAAACAUCCCUAGAAGAUCCUCUCAUCUCCUCGGCCAGUUUGGCCAAUACCUGGCAUCUGAGUCUUUGCCGCCGUUUGUUCCUGAUAUGGAUACCCUCGAUCCAGGUUCCCCUGAAGGCACCCAUGCCCCCGCCAGCCCGUCCAGCCGAUCCGUUGAGACGGUGAAGCAGUCCCCUCGCGAAGUCCCAACAUCCCCUCGUGAAGCCCCAGUAUCCCCCCGUGAAGCCCCAGUGUCCCCCCGUGAGGCCCAAAUAUCCCCCCGUGAGGCCCCGGCAUCUCCCCAUGAAAUGCCAAUAUCCCCUCGUGGACCCCCAAUAAGUUACAUAAGUCGACAUCGCCGCCAGAAAUCAAGUCGUAGCUAUCGAACUAGAAGCUCCAUGACGCAUCGGCGGUGGGCAUCCUUCCAAAGCGGUAUCGCAGCGCAAUCUACAAUUAGGAGUUUUGAUGCCACUACCUGCUCAGACGGUUCAAGAAUGUCGGAAGUCAUGCCUCAGCCACUCAGAGUGCUCCGAAGACGACCAGGUGGAGAUCUCAGAUGCGCAACUAACGUUCACGAUCUAGACGCACCCCUUCAUAGAUCACGCUCUGUGGGUUCGUUGACGACCUACUCAGAAUCUAUUAGAAGUUCAUAUCUACGUAGCCCAGUUAGGGAGUCGACUGGGUAUGCUGAAGUCGUCAGCAGCAAUUAUUCAGAGAGAAAGGCAGAACUUUUCUCUCUGGGAGUUAUGACUGAACAGGUUCCGAAACAGCCAGUGACAUUGUGUACCACGCAUUCGUCGAAGCCAAUUAUGCGACCAUCCUUUGAGGCUGAAGCAGAGAGGCUUGCACGAAUACCGGACGAUACGGACGACGAUGGGGGUGUUGAGUCAGCGCUUUUGAAGCUUGAAGGCAAAUUCGAAAGGAGAAUUGCUAAGCUGUCGAUGGAACCUAAAAAGAUAUUUCAGAGCGGUCUACAAGAUCUCAAAGACAGACCCGUGGCAACACCCGAAGUAGAACUCGUCAAAGGUGAAAAACGAAAACACCGUCGUCAGCAUGUCGGCGAUGAUGACGUUCCUAUAGUGUCACCCAUCGAGGGAGAUCCUGAUACGCCGCUAGCCGGAAACAGGCCUUUCCCCCGAGACUCCGAGGUUUCGUUCUUGUCAGAAGAUUCGAGAGAGACCUAUAACUCGACCCCACUACUUGACCGAGGAUUGACAGACGAUGGGCAUAGUAAGACAACGACUCAAGAAUGGGCAGACAAUUCAGCUCUGGCGGGGACGGAUACACCUCCAGUUACCAUAAUAGUUGAGAGAGAUGAUGGCAUGACUAAUUCCUCAUUAAGCCCAUCCUUCGAGUUUGUACAAAUGACCGAGAGUAUCAACAAGAUCCAAUCAGAGGAAACAGGGGAAACAGGGCCUGAUGAUUCCGUAUAUCCCGAUAGUGAUAACGAUUCUGCCUUGUCAUCGGAGAUAUCUGGUGAAUUACCGGACCCGGAUGACUACAUCUUUGGAGAACCACACAUGCCAAAGCGGCCUAGUCCUAUAGAUACUGGAUCGAGUCCUAGAGGAACUGGAAACAAACCCCCAUCACCUCCGAUGACCGUAACCCAGGCUUCUGCGACGUCACCAGAGAGUGCUUAUGUUCCCCAGCUUCACGAACACCAGCUAUGGGCCCAGAAGCCAUUGCCACCCACUCCUGAAACGACCCCCACCACUGCUAUAUACCAUCAUGGCUCCCAACCAUCCAAGGACCCGACUGGCACCGAACAAGCAUUACGCAACGCCCCUGUAUUGUCUGGAGAGGAAGGCCAAAAGAACUCUGCUCAUUUGCCCUUCAUACUUGCCUUUGACUCUGAGAUUCUUGCCCAGCAGUUCACACUUAUCGAAAAGGAUGCCCUAAACGAGGUUGAUUGGAAGGAGUUGAUCGACAUGAGGUGGAAAAACGCCAACAAUGACUCCCGGUCAUGGGUUGAUUUUCUUCGGAAUACGGAUGCUCAAGGUGUUGAAGUUGUUGUGGCACGUUUCAAUAUCAUGGUCAAAUGGGUGAUUUCGGAAAUCGUUCUCACUCAAGGCCUUGAGGAGCGUGCCCGAUGCAUCAUCAAAUUCCUUCAUAUUGCUGUCCAUUGUAGAAGAUAUCGCAAUUUUGCUACAAUGAGCCAGAUCGCCAUCGCGUUGACCUCAAAUGAGGUUACAAGACUAUCCAGGACUUGGGAGAUGGUUACGCCAGCUGACAUGCAAACAAUGAAGGAUCUUGAGACGCUGGUAUCACCUACAAAGAACUUCUACAACCUGCGGGCUGAGAUGGAGGGUGGCGGCAACGGAACCGACACCGGAUGCAUCCCGUUCUUUGGCAUUUAUACCCAUGACCUACUCUUCAACUCUCAACGACCAUCCGAAAUCGCGAGCUCACCGACCACGGCGCCUUUGGUCAAUUUCGAGCGGUGCCGUAUUGCGGCCGCAGUAGUAAAGACCUUGCUUCGCUUGCUGGAAGCCAGCACACACUACGAAUUCCAGCCCAUCGAAGGUAUCACCGAGCGUUGUCUCUGGAUGAGCGCCUUGAGCGACGAGGAAAUCAGAAAGCUCUCGGAGAAUCUAGAAUAG